ACGGUUUAUAUCACUAUAUAGUAUAUGUAUUUAAUAAUAUAUUACUGUCUUGUGUAWAGUGCAAACUGCAAACGUGCAAUGUGAACGUGAAACAUCAAAUAGUAACUUAAAGUAUCAAAAUUAAACAAACAAGUUGCUUAUCAAAAAUUCAGGAUUUCUAUUCAUCGCUUCACGAUUUUCAAACACUACGUAUCCUUCAUCAAACAAUGAGAGAUUGUGAAUCCGAAUCGUUACUGUCAUUCGACUCGGCUACUAAAACUCGAAAAAAAGGUAUCGUGUACUUGUCGUCAAUACCGAAGUACAUGAAUGUAACUAAACUGCGCGAACUGUUGGGUCAAUACGGUGAUAUAGGCAGAGUGUUUCUACAGCCAGCUUCGAAUCCGAACCUAAAAAAAAGACCGGCCAAACAUUUCACCGAGGGUUGGGUAGAAUUUGAACGGAAAAAGGUGGCCAAACAGGUCGCAGAAUUACUCAAUGGCAAGCGAAUCGAUUCCAGAAAGCGUAGCAAAUAUUUUGACAGUGUGUGGAAUUUAAAAUACUUACCUAGGUUCAAAUGGGUCCAUUUAAAUGAACGCUUAGCUUAUGAAAAAGCUGUACGCAAACAUCGUUUACGUGCCGAAGUAUCACAAGUAAAAAGGGAAGCAAAUCACUUCUCCUCUAAUAUUGUUAGAAGUGAAAAGAAUAAGUUAUAUCAACAAUCAAAUGUCGAUUUUAAUGUUCGGCAAAGAUUGCCAGAGGAAGAAUUUUUACAAAACAAAAACAGUAUACCAGAUAUUGAAUCAAGAACAGACUUUUUAUCAAAACUUUUUGAUUAGUAUUUUUAUAUUCAUACAUAAUUAAUACAUGUAAAUAAAUAUAAUUUAAAAUUUUAA